GGGCCAUCUGCGGUCGCAUCGAGAAUUCGAUCCAGGGUCUGCCACCGCCAUAUCGGCUGAACAAGCCGAAGCUGGCGCUGAUGACCUCAGCCGAGUCUCGAAACCAAACCAAACCGCCAAACUUCAGCAUCAACUGGUUGAUCGGCUGCCCGGACGUGGAGAUUGUCAACUCCUUCACCGGCAAGCUGAUCAACAACAACACCAACACCAACAAGAUGUCCCGGCUGUCGAAGCAGUCGUUCUACCGACGGUUCGCGGCCGUCAUCGAGAGGCUUCCGCAUGCGCGCUUCCACGAGAUCAAGCCGAGCUACGGCGAAACGAAGAUGUGCGUCCCGGAGUACCAGCAGGCCAAGAAGGAACUGUUCUCCGCGUUCAGCAAGGAAGACCUGGGCGAUUGGUUGAAGAAACCGAUCGAGCAGGAUCAGUUUACGCUGAUGGCGCCGAAACCGGAGGAACUGGCCGCGGCUGCGGUGGCGGCGGCAUCGGCGGCCACGGUCAACUCGACGUCCGUCAACAACGGCACCGGUAGCAACGGUUCCGGACCGGUGUCCGGCGGUAAAUGACACCAGGGGAAACACUCCGGUAAGCAUCACCAGAACGGGGGCGGACUGUCGUCCUCUUCGGGUGCAAGGCUGUUCUGAAAACGCCCCUUUCAGCCGGGAAGGAGCGUCCGCCGGGAGUCGAAUUAGGAGAUUCUGUUCGAGGGGGAGUAGCACGCUAAGAAAAUACCGCCCGCUUCGGUAAUUUUUUGAGCGAGAUUUCGACCGACGAAGGCGAUAAGGGUGAUGAGUUUUGCUGAAUUUCGGUAAAAGUUUACCGAAUUUUGGCAAAAUUUGGCAUGGGAAUUCGUUGAAGUCUACCGACGGCGUUCGGUAAAUCACCAAAGUCGGCGAAAUUUUCUUAUUGUGUCAACGGUAGUUUUAAGGCAAGUGAAAAUAUUUCGUCAUUUCGUACCUUAUCGAAACUGUGUAUGUAGUGUGAAGCGGUUCUUAGGCGUUACUUGUUUGUAUUUUUAGCGUUUUUUUAGUUUAUCUAGACGAAAGGUAUGAACUUUUUAAUAGCUUCUAAGUUGACCGUAGCGAACACCAUUGAUUUUAUGUUUAGAUAUUGAUUUUAUCUCCCAGUAUACGUUUAAUCGGUGAAUCCAAUGAAAGCUACCGACUUCGUUUGAAGGAAUAAAUUUGGUAAAUUUUUACCAAAAAAUGGUGGAGUUUUACCGAAGUAAGAAUUCACAGUCUGCACUGAAGUUCAGUAAACUUUCACCGAAGUUACAAACACUGAAGCCAUUAAUUUAACUUCUGCUUAGUGUUAGUUCAGUCUGAAUCCGUUCCACAAAAGAGAUCGGAAUGUCCGACGAAAGGUUUACGUUUCAACCGUUGGUUGUGUGAAAGCAAGUAAACACUACAUAUUAUACUCUUGACAAAAGUUGCAAAAAAAAACUCAAAAAAGUGCAUCCAUUCUGUGAACGCUAGAAUAGUACAUUCAUACUACACUCUAGUAGGGCCCGAUGCCUAUAGGUAAAAGGUAAAACUGACUCGUAAUUUAACACAAUAUCCAUUACUAUAUACUGAUGAAUUUGAUAGGAUUCCUAGUGUGUAAGUUUUAUCUCUCAGAAAACACCGUUAAGACAAAAGUUGUUCUCAUAAUAAUACAGGAGGAGAUAACUGUAUAGGUACUCGAAGGGACGCUAUGAGCGUUCGAACGUGCGGAAAGAGAUACGCGCGUGGAUGAAGUAAAGUGCUCAUAAGAUUAUAAGGCAUAAGAACAGGCUUUCGCCACAGGCAGAUAUUAUUAAGUAAAUAAGAUGAGAUAUCGUCAGAAGGAUACACGAUCGAAUGCGUUUUAAGUUCAUGGAAAAUUGAAUUUGUUAUAAAACUGUUUGAAGAUAGUUUGAUAGAUUAUGGCUGUUUGGAUUGCUGCAAGGUUCAUAUUAUAGCAUAUUGAACUAUGGAUUCAUCGGAUUCAUGAGAUCUAAAAUACAGAAGUGGAAGUCCUAUUACAAAUAAUUGCUCAAUAUACUUUACAGUGCAUAUUGAAAGCAUGCAGAAAAGUUCAUAAGUAGCGCAUACUCAGUUUUAUGAGCUGAAACCGCUUUCAAGCUUCGUUGGAUAAAUGUACUACUCCGGCUGGAAAUAGUACUUUUCGCUAUUCGUUGAAUACACAACAAUUUUCAAACGCAUUUCUUACUCACGCGCACGCAUCUAGAUAAUCUGCUCUGCAUAACCCAGAUCCUUCAUUAUAUGGUAUUCCUAAGGUCUCCAGUGAAUUUAGCUUACUCUGCUACAACAUGUUCAUCCAGUAUCUUGCUCAGGUUUGUGUGUAGAGCUUUCCUUAUACCCUACCGUCUCUUCUUACGCCUCCGAAUCAUCCGCCUUUAUCUUCAGUCUGAACACUCAUUUUUUGCAACGUCUUGUCUGGUUAUCACAUAUACAGUAUCGGACAAUAAAAAUGCAUCAAAGCUGUUUUCCCAUACAAACUAGUCAACUUUGGAUUGCCAUAUCUCAGUUAUGUCUCAACCGAUUGUUUUCAUUUUUCUGUGACGAACUAAAAAACAUUUCAAUUUUUAAAAACUAUUGAAAAAGUUCAGUGAUAACUAUUGAUACAAAAGUUACAGAUAGGUUGAAUUUUGACAAUAAAAAUGCACCAAGGCAAAAAAUUGUGUAGCCAAAAAUGCUGAAGUCAGAUAGCUAUGGUGUCUUCAGCAAAUUGAUUGGUCAUCUCACAAGAAACAUAUUUGCCGAAGACAUCAUAGUGAUUUGACUUCAGCAUUUUUGGCUACUCAAUUUUUUGUCUUGGUGCAUUUUUAUUGUCAAAAUUUGUAUCAAUAGUUAUCACUGAACUUUUGCAAUAGUUUUUAAAAAUUGAAAUGUUUUGUAGUUUUUCACAGAAAAAUGAAAACAAUCGGUUGAGACAUAAAUGAGAUAUGGGAAUCCAAAGUUGACUAGUUUGUAUUGGAAAACGGCUUUGGUGCAUUUUUAUUGUCCGAUACUGUACGUACAAAAGUGCUCCGAUAAAGCUUUGCUAUUCAUCACUCCUUGUUAGAGCUUCAGAAUCCUCCUCCUUUCGUUGGAUAUGCCUUGGGUCCAUAGGGGUUGCUGACGGCAUGGCAUUUUGAAGGCCGAAUUUCUCCACAAGUUAGAGAACAUACGCCUUCUGGUUCACCACAUGUAACAGUCGUAGCUGAACUUGACAUGCAUUCCCAGGAACAAUUUCCGAUAUCCGAGCAGCGACAUUUUGAACUUCUUCUCCAAAGUGGCCACAAUUUCUUUCGCUGCUACACGCGAUUACCAUAUCGCCUUCAUAAACUGCGAUGAACGUGUUCAUUCUCUUGUACAAACAUGGAUCAGCCGUAGAUGCAACGAAUCCUGUUCUCGGAAGUACUUCAUCUAGCGUUUUAUUCCAAACAUUACCAGCUCGUUUGAGGCCACACAAGCUUGAAAUCAAUCGUCGCACUGUGUUGGAACAGGGUUGUAUGAUUCCUGGAGGUACUCGUCGUGAAUCCAAAAUCCUAAGGCUUCAAAACUAUUGCUGACACGUCCGUUCGUUUCUUAAAUCCGUCAAAAGAAGGGCGAUCAAAAACCAAACCCGAGCACGCCUAAAGCUUGGCAUGCUUCGAACCUUUUUUCUUAUGCGGCGCAUCUGCCAUAGGCCUAAUCAGAAGACGUUUCAAAUCAGCUGAUUAUGGGGGCCUUUGACAGUUCUCCUGAAAAUGACAGUUCAGCAAUUGCCAAGGCAAUAGUGGUUUCGCAGCGCGGUGUCACGAACACUAAUGCAAAUCUACUGGUUGAAAAUAUGCCCAUUUGAUUUUGCUGGGAACAGCUGAUCUUUGUUUACUAUUUUCAACCAGUAACUCAAGUGGUGUUCGUGUAAUGCAGCGUGUACGUACACGCAACACUACUAAAAGCAGAAACCACUAUAGAGAUAAGUGACAUUUCAACACACGAACACUAGCGCAAAUUUUUCCUCACACAAAAGUGCACGCCGAUUGAAAGGCUAUUCAGAUUGCAUAUGCAAAUAUUACCCAAUCGAUUUGGGUAAAACGGGUAAAUAAUGAUAAAACUAACGUCCGGGGCAAGAGUGCAAAUAUUUUCCUCGCAGUUUCACAACUACAUCUACAAAAAAGGCACGCAUACAUUUGAACGUGAUUACCUCUAUUGCGCCUUUGUUCGGCAGUUGUAAACAGUGACAUACACGGACCUGUCAACUGAAAAGGCCUUUUCCACUCAUUCGUUAUGUUGACUUUCAGCGUUGCCUUAUGCAUUGAAAUAAACUUGCAACUUCAAACGCUUCAAACCGAAUACAUAAUUGUCUUGUUCAACUUUGAAACACAUUUUUAUUUCCUAUUUUUCAAUACGCUACAUAAAUACACUACAGUAAAGUGUCUCGAGUAUACCAAAGUGGAGAAUCCUUGGGAGAAUCCUUGUCGUUUUGACAUGGCUCCUUCUCGAUUGGAACUAUGGGGAUGCCACUAGAUCGACUGUUCCAAUUUUGACGUUUCUCCUCUUUGUUUUAUCCAGGCUCGUUACACUACAGUACCUUCAUAUAUGAACUUGUCCACAAUGACGUCACACGCCAACUAACAGCAAGAUGUGAAACUAUGAACUUCUACACGAUUUUUUGCUGGCCUGCUUACUCUCACAGAAAAUUUGACGUUUGAGCGGUGUCGACACCUCUCAAACGUCAAAUUUUGUGUGAGAGUAAGCAGGCCAGAAUAAAUUCGUGCAGUAAUCCAUAGCUGCGGGUCGUGUUGACAAAAAUCACUGCUCGCAUCUUGCAUCCGGUGAGAUCUGAUGAACUUUCAGUCACUGGAUGUUCACGAAUGUCAUUUUGUGUAAACCGGGCCCGCAUUUUCAAAAGCAAUCGUGUGAAAAAAGAAGAUCGUGGAUAAGUCCAUAUGGUUUCUUGCAACCCACCGUACAAAUAGACCGUCUCAAUGUUCACGUGCUUGACUAUCAGACUCUCACGAGAUGAAAUGUCAGCAUGAUGCAUUCGUUAGACUCUGAAUAAGGCCCGUGUUCUUGACGAUGGCACAUAUUUCCCAAAUGGAAAGGAACGUGUCUAUGGAGCUUUAAUGAUUUCGGCUCUGUUAUGCCCAAGUGGCGCAGGAGCCUUCAAAAUAAACGAAUAAAUAUGCAAGUGUCUAUGAAGCCGAUUUAUUGCUACCUGAUGCCUGAAGGCUGAAACACAGACAAACAGACGUAACACUUGCGAAAUUUCCAACGACCACACUUUUAACGAUCAUUUCAAAUUUUCAUAGUUGUGGCUUUCACAACCAGAGGCGCGCACAUCGUUUUUCUAUGCGUUUGACGUUUCACUCUAGCGCCUUCUGUUGACGAUAUUGCACACCACAGUGAUACGUGCAACUUUUCCACCAGGUGAUGGUAGUGUGAACUGGGCGAUGGAUUUUCAUGAAAAUCGUUCAAGGUGUUACGUCUGUUUGUCUGUGGCUGAAACCAAUCAGGGGCGUUUAAUUUCGUUUCAAUGAUACACUUUCAUGCAACAUUUGAAUGAGUCACUUUAUCUGUUUGACACACUGUUCGAGUCUUUCUUUUCGAUUCGGAAAACGUUCUCAUUCAUCGUAGCACUCGGUAGUCUCUCUUCGGAGUGGCGUUGCUUGUGCUUCACUCGGCAGAGCAGUAGUGCCUCACUCUUGCGCGUUAGUCUCUCAAUGGUUACGGGCGCCGGUUAAUUGGAUUUAAGCGGUCGAACUUGUGUCCCUUUUUCAUAAAACAUAAUGAUCAUUCUAUUGGCGUGCACCACUAUUAGAAAAAUUGUUUUAAAUAGUGUUUUUAGCACAUUGAAAAUUUUCAAUGACCCACAAUUGAAACGAAAAUCCUAAGUGUUUCACUUUAAUUUUCAAACGCACUUGUUUCAGUAGCAAUAAUGAACGAGCGUGUUGCAGUGUGAGUUAUGAAGCAUCGCAGCAGUCCCGUCGCAUGGGAAACGACUUGCCUUGUGACUUGCUACGGCUUUCGUGCGUCAUGUUUUUCUUUCGAAAUUGCACGUCCCUGAAACCAAUAACGGUCGACUCGUUGCAUGGAAGAGGAUGAAUCCGCUUUCAAUGCUAUGAUUAUCGAAAAGCCAGCACUAGAGAGGAGAAAAUUUAAUGUUUUUUUCCUUGAAGUUUGUACGACUUCUUUACAGUCCCUGGUAUAAUCGACUGUAUAAUGAAGUGGGUCUUCGUAGUCGCCAUGUAGUGAAAUCAACAAGACCGCAUUUUUUCAGCCAUUUUCAGCCGCACGUUUAGUAAGGAGAAAUAUCAGUAUUGGUAGUGACUGGUUAACCCUUUGAUCAGCAUGCUGCGAUUCUGUCUAGUCAGAUUAGUUAGAUACUUUGCCACCAUUGGAGAUGGCGCGCAGUACAAUUGUAAUCUGAAUCUUAGACCCAACACUUUGAUACCGGAAAAGCUGGAUCAUGGCUCAUUUUCAGCGAUGGAAGAAUGGCCAAGUACCCGUACAAGGUGAACAGCGUUUGCUGAAUUCAGCUCCUAAUUGAGUUCGAUAAGCGAUUACUUACUUCAACGUACAGUUAGCCGAAGCAAGUGCUUCAAUAAAAGUCUGGCUGUCUCAACAGCAGUACAUUACUUUGCACAUUAGGUGCUGCUGAAGUGUUGAUUCGCAUUCUAGAACAAAUAUUUCUGACUCAAAACCGGUGCAGUAUCUGUCAAGUGAGUAAUAUUGAUAGACUUGUCUCACAACAGCGGACUACAGCAUCAGUAAAACAUACGAUGCCGUCUGAAAUGCUCCUCUCAAGAUAACAAGAGUCCACUCAUCCCGCGAAUGACAAUUUUUUAUACGGGAAAUUGCAAGCAAUUGUAAGAUCACUUGAAGUAAUGACAACUUUGUCUAAAUCAACCAAAAGUGUAAACAACCAAGUGUACGUUGUGAUAGGAUUUAACGAGAAAUCUUAUUGGUGAGAACUCUCAACUAGGUACCUGAGGAGUGCUUUGCAUCAAGUCGGAAAGGAUGCUGUGCUGAUGCACAUGUCAACUAACAAUGCUAGGCAGUCAUCGGCAAAAUCUUAAGCAGGAAAACCGCUAUUAUUUAGUUGCCGUAUCUGCUACAAGACUUCGGAAUAUCGAUGACAAGACUCCCCUUUAGGGGCAUCCACAAGAACUCCUAAUCGUUUCUUGACGUUAUUUCAAGAACCGUUGGUUUUUGAGUAUUUCGUGAAUACAAUUGAAUACUCUCUCGAUAUCGUAAACAAUUCCUCGCGCUUGGUAUCAUACAGGCAUAUACAGAAUGAUCGAUUUUUCUUCAAAUUUUCUGCAAAUCAUUUUCGGUUUUAGAUGCUAGUCCUAGUCGUCCGUUACUGAAACACACUGAAAGAUUGUCCGAAUAUUGGUCGCAUUUCCCGGAAUAAUCCGCAGAGAAAAUCGAUGAAGAGAAAUCGAUCAUCGUAGAUAUACGCACUAAACGCGAGACUUUGUGUAAAGGAGUUACAGUGGACUUUCCAGAUUGGUAAGCAUGUUGGUUCACAUGAAGAGGCACAUUGGCCAGAUGAACAUCACGGAUGUGAUGAUCGACUAUGCGUUCUUAGCAUUUCAGAAGAAAAGUUGUCAAACUUAUAGGUCUGAAAUUCUUUGCUUCUUCAUACGACGCACGACCCACUUUCGGAAUCAACCUUACCUUAUAAUAUCCCGCCAAGAUUUGGGGAUAUACCCUGUAGCAAAACUGCAAUCAAGUAUUUUUUUUUUUUUCAAAACAUGUUUGAAAUAAUCAAAUACUUUCUGAAGCAAAAUAAGAUAAAUCCCAUCUGCUCCAGGAGAUUUACAUGGAUACAAUGCGUGUUAUACUGAUUCUCGGUGUUUAUAAGCUGAGAUAUUAUGAAAACGUUUAGCUGACUACUUGGCUGAGCAAAUCUCGGCAUUCGUAAACCGAGACUCGGCAUUCUAAAUUAAGUGUGUAGGCUUUGGCCAUGACAGCAGUGCGGACUUCGGUGGACUCUUAGCUAUAGUUGCGCAAUGACGACAAGAAAUCGUCGUGAGCAAUGUUGUCCUCAUCCAAAGAUGGCCAAUAGACAUAGCUACGAGUAAUUGCUUUCACCGGCUGCAUUUCCGGAUGACCUCGGUGGAGAUGAUGGAGACAGCGUUCCCGGAAACUUGAUGGAAUUACCAGACGUUCGCCGAACAUGACGCAGUCUUAUACUGUUAACAGCGACUCUCGACUAGCGUAGAAACGUUUUAUUUCUUGAUUUUUUUAUUCUUAAUCACUUAACCUAAUUUACAGCUCUAUUGUCCACUGGGGCACUACGUGAGCAAUUUCAAUUGACAGCUGCACUUACAUUUUGUACAGCGCCUAGAUUCUUAUUCUACUUUAUCGAACUGGUUGCCUUUCUGCUGCUUUCACUUUUUCUACUUUAUACCUAGUAGAAUGAUGAGCACAAAGAUGGUGAUGGAUGGCCGUUGUUCCUUUCCAGUUCGAUUGGGGGUCCAUUAUGAGUAGCAGUUCGCCGAUGUCCAGGUAUCCGGGUCCGUUUGAGCCAUGGGGCUCAGAAGAGGGUCAGUGUCAGUUGCUCUCGGGGGAAAAGCAACUGACGAAAAAUUGCAAGUGCCGGGGCUGGGAAUCAAACCCAUGACCAUCCGCAUAUGAAGCGAACGUGUGACCAACUACGCCACGGGCCCCGGCUAUUUCUUGAUUUGUGAAGGGCGAUUUUGAUCGUGGCCAACCUUCGCGGCCAACGCACUUCCUGAAUCAUUUUGAAAUUCUGUUGAAGCGCAUCGAUUGAGCUCACGGCGAGGGCCUUCUCCAACAUAAUGCUGGCCACAACGAAAUCCUCUUCCGGCUUGACAUGGUGCUCAAUCAUCCGAGACAGAACAUCAGCGUUGCCAAACAUAUCCGUAGACGAUCUUGAAGUCGUACAUCAGCAACUGUAGUGGCCAGCGUUGUAACCGAUUUGCCAUGUAGGCAGGAAUGCUCUUUUUUAAUCCGAAGAUGCGAAGAAGUGGGACGUGAUCGUGACCCCGAUUCCGAUGGAAGAAGCAUUCGCUGAAACGAUUAUAUCCAGCUGUGGAUUGUAGUGCGUAAGGAGCAAGUCGGACGACAGGAUUUUCUUGAAAUUCUUGAGGGAGUGCUGACAUUCCGACGUCUAAAUAAACUUCUUCCCUUGCUUGAGGAGCUCGUCGAGUGAAUGCCGUAGUGUUCUCUUGCUUGGGACAAACUUCCCAUAAUAAUUGAGCGCCCCUAGGAAGGAAUGCACUCCAGAAACGUCCGUUGGAGUUGGCAUACUACAAAUCGCUUAAAUUUUGGCCGGAUUUGAUCGUAAACCAUGUUCAUCAACGAGGCGCCCCACGUAUUUUAUUUGUUGUUGACCAUACGAGUGCUUCUGACGAAGGACAUUUUUAAGAUUUCGUCGAUGAUCUUCUUCGUCCACUCCUCCAACUCACAAAUCGUCAAGAUAUCCAGAAGUGCACUCCAGCCCGUCGAACAUGGCGUCUACCAGCUGCUGAAAUGCCCCAGGUGCUGCUUUGACCACCUGCGGUAGUCGGUUGUAACUGUAAAGAUCCCGAUGCGUGUUGAUUGUUAGCAUUUCUCGGGAUUCCUCUUGCACUUGUAUUUGAAGAAAAGUGUCGGAGAGAUCAAUUUGGCUAAACACCUUGCAGUUGGCCAAAUUCGCGACGAUAUCCAAGUUCCAGUUGAAUAGUCACCACAAAUCCUUACUAGCUUUCCUCAAGACAAUGAUUGGAGUUGGCCACUCCAAGUGCUCGACUGAUGUUAUGAUUCCAGUCCUAUCGGGUUGUGCUCCUUACUUUAGCGUGAGCUGCACCUUUGCCUUGGUACACAGUCCCUGAGUACCGUUGAACAUCGUCAGAAAAGCUUGGUGACCGCUGUCAUCGAUCUGCUGACUUUAUUGCAGAACCACUUUUACGAAAUCGACCAGAAAUUGAAUUGAUCGAUGAGGUCCAAUCCGAGCAGGUUGAGUUGUUGCUUCACGACGUAGAAUCGAGCCUGACGCUUCAAUCCGUUGAUGGAAAUCUCGCGCGAACACUCUAAUUCCAGCUUAAGUGGGUUCUCGGAUGCUGUUGAAGCUGCGACCGUCACUGGGCCUGACGUAGGUCGACCGAUCCAACGCCAUGUCUUUUCGGAGAUUAUACAGAUGACCGAUUUUUGGUUUCCGUCCUCCUGGAUAUCGCUUGUUUGGAGAUCGAUGGUUUCUAGUUUUUCUUGCACUGGAGCAGUAUCCGUCCUUGUGACCGAUCUCUUUACAUCCCCAACAAUGGCUCGCCGGCGGUUGUCUUCGUUUUUUUUCUGUAUUUUGUGGAGCUGUUUCGUAGAACUGACCGUAUGGCAUGGUAUGGCCACUGACCAGUCGGUGCUUUCUUGGUAGUUGAGUGCGCCGUAGUAUACUACAUGAUAAGGUAAUAAUGAAGGUCUUGUUUCCUUGUUUCUUGUUUCUCCCGAGCGCGAUGCUGAUCUGUAGUCGUUUCACGACAGAUUGAUUUUGCCAUUCGCCAUAACCAUUCUCUUGUGACCAAUACGGCGUCGAAUGAUUCCGUGGAGCUUGCUGAUACAUUGCUUGGCGUUGUCUAGCGUAUUGGUUCGAGGGUAGUCCAGCCAGCUUAUUGUGUCCUUAGCUGUAAUUUUGGAAAUGAUUUCCACUUCUUUAUAUCGACUUAAAUAGUCGAUAAUCACCAGCAGGUAUGAAUCACAAGGCAAUGGUCCGAGGAAAUCCAUAGCGGUGUCAACCCAUGGAGCAUUUGGCAACGGACGACGACUCAUCGGUUCGAGUCUGUCCGACAGUCCUACCAAACGACAGCCUACAUAUGUUUUGACGCAAAUCACAUGGUGCAAGUGACUAGAUUCAAAUCAAUUGAAAAUACCCAAUUUAAUGCGAAUCGAUCUUGUACAGUAGGUGUUCGAUAAAUGCAACAUGUUUACGUUUCACUUACCGAAUGACAUUCGAUAACUGCAACAACUGACAGACGUCACGUAACUGCAGAAUGUAACCAAUGUGCAUUCGAAAAACAUCGCAUUGAAACAAAAGUGCAUACAGAAAACAUCGCAUCGUUGUUGACAUUUCAUUUUGACGGAUAGCGGUGCGAUAACUGCAAAAUUGAUGCACUUAGCGGACUUGCAGUUAAAAAGCAUCCCAAGAAACAGAACUAGGCUUAACAACAGUUUCUUAAGCUGAAGUUUGCUUAAGAGUGGUUUUUUCCACUCUUGUACAGCAAAAAUGUUUGUUGGGAUUGCAGUUAAUGCGUUUGCACCGAGCGAAAGUCUACUGUAAACACCACCAUGUAUACAUUGUUCAGCUCGAGCGGUGCGUAAGCAAACUGAAUUGAAUUCAUCCCGCUUGACAGAUGACUUGAAUUCAACUCACAUGAUUCGCGAGUUUAGACGGGGCAAGUGAGAUAAUUUCGUCAUUGGCGUAGCUAGCUUUUUCUUUUUUCUUAUUGCGGCGCUUAUAAUAAAUCCACAUUAGGCGGCGGCGAUAUGGCCGCUAGGAGAUUCCCGCGAUACAGACGCAAUGUCAAAAUCGAACAGAUACUGUCACCCACCCAGCAGCAUUGCAGCAGCCUUCAGGCCGUUCAUAUCAAAACAAAAGUUAGCACAAUGGCAUCUCAAGUGGCCAGAAAUCGUAAUAAUAUUUAUCACGACAUUGCUUCACUAUACGCAUACGCAUCACCUAGUCGGCUUUGUAUUUAAUAAUCGGGAUGUUGUUAAGUGAUGCUGCAGGAGGAUGCGGCUUCAAUUUUUCCAUUUCCACAUUGCGUCUGUAUCGCGUGCAUCUCCUCGCGGCCAUAUCGCCGCAGCCUCAUGUGGAUUUGAUAUGAGCGCCGCAAACAGAAUUUCUGACCAUCAGGUCGCUCAUAGUGGUGCGGGCAUAUUUUGGCAACUUGAUGGAAAAGAAGAAGACAAACGCGUUUCGCGGAUUUAUCUUGCAAGGCACAAUACUCACUCUCCUAAACAAACGCGAGAAAGAGCGGGAUGCGAAAAAGGGCCUGUGCCCCCUCUUUCAUCCUUUUCUUUCUCGUGUUUGUUUAGGAGAGUAAGCGAGAAAAAAGAAAAAGCUAGCUACGCCAAUGAAUUUCGUUUGACUUGAAUGAAAAAGUUCAACAUGUUCAACUUUCGUUCAAGUCAAGUGAGUUGAUCAAGUGAGAUGAAUGGUGGUGUCAGUGUUGGUAAAAACUCAAAUUCUCAAAUCUCAUAGUUGAGUUGUUUCACGCGCGAUUCUUAACUCGCCAAACUCACCGCCGAAAAAAUCGUACAUGAGUAGACUCGUGAUUUUACUCAUUCCGUUAUUUCUUGGUAUUCUUAUUAUUUACAACGAAGUUUUUAGAAUUAUAUGACAUAACAAGACCAAACCUUGUAUACAACAACAAAGAAUGACGUUUAAAUUGAUUUGGAUUCGUUUUACAAGCAAAUGAGAUUUCGCCGCUUGACUCGCGAGAGCGAGAUUUUGCAUGAAAAUCUCGCGCGUGAGCAAAUGAUUCAGAAUCGCGCAUGAAUUUGCUCACGCAGGAGCGGUUCAUGAGUGUGAUUUUACCAACAAUGGGUGGUGUUCACGCGUUCAAUUCGCAUUCAAUUGGGCAUUUUCCAUUGACUUGAAUGAAGCCACUUGCACCGUCUAAACCAGGCAUAAGCCCGCAAUACAUGUCAGUUGUAUUCAAGUCAUCUGUCAAACGAGGUGAAGUUGAAGCAUUCAAGAGCAUUCAAGUGAGCAUUAAAGUCGUUUGCCGAGGCUAAACACACCACUCAUUUCGAAUGAAUAUUUUUGAGCAGUUUUCAAGUGAGAUGCUCGUUUCAGUUGAACAAUGUAAACCAGGCAUAAUAGACGAGCUAUUGCUGUGGAGGGAGUGCAUUUUCUAAUGGGUCUGGCAACUCUUCGCCGCUGGUUUCAUCCGCUUAAGGUGGUUCUGUUCUUUCACCUCAUUUGAAUUCCGAGUUCGAUAAAUAUUACUGCAUUUCUGGUGCGAAAGUUUCCAGUCGUUCUUCGUUUGUUGUCUGCAUCCAGUAACACAACGUCCCAACACACUUUAUUGGAUCCUUUAGUAGAGACAAUAGCCUUUUCAUCCUGCUACGUAGCCGUAUGCGUUAUCCCUCUGAAUACCGAGUGCCUGUCGAACUACUUCGGUGCUUGUUGCCCAUCGUUGUGGUAUAUUCUCGUUUCCAUUGUACCUUCGAUUGAUACUCUGUAUAGCGUAACAAUGCUCCAGCGUGUAACGGCAACAAGGUAUGGCGCUGGUACAAUGCCGUCAUUAGCCUCCGUCUACCCAGAACCUUCCCAUGUUGCGGGCUCGAGUGGGCAGCUGUCAGUUCCACCUCUUUGAUCGACUCACAGACUUCCAGCUUAAUAUCAACAGCCGACGACCUCGUACAUGACAUUUCAUGACUUCGGACCCAGGACGGAGCCUUGCGAAACUCCUGAAGUUAUGCGGAAGGACUUCCGAGUUGUGCCGUAUCAGUAUAAGCUUCGAGAACCUUGUACGGAUACACAAGUAUCCAAGUAGUCAAGUGUAAGAAGCGCGCCAGCAAUAUCGGCCCAACCCGAGCAGAAGAAAAUAACAAGUGAAUAACACAUCAAGGUAUUUAUCCUAAAUACUACCAUACCUUGAUAUGCCUAUCAUUAGGUGGUAAUAAGAGGCAAAAUAACAAAAACGAAUACCAAAAUUUUGUAUAAAAAACACCUAGAAAAUAACAAGUCUUGUUAUUUAAAUAAUGAAUGCAUACCUACAAUUUCAAGUGCUGUAUUUGUUAUUCCAAAGUUAUUGAGUAACAAACUUAUAACAUUUCUUGUUAUUAAAUGCUUCAUUUGUUUGAUGACUUCAUGAUGUAAUGGCAAAUCUUGUUCUUCGAUUAUUUUCACUGCUAAACCAACAAAUACUACACUUAUACCAAACUCUGCUCGAAUACUUCCAACUGUUAUUGUGAUGUUCUCAUAACGUUUCGUGGAAUAACGCAGCAAUAACAAGUUAAGGUAUUAGAGCACAUGUUGCUCUUCGCAUGGUAUUCGUAAGGUAUGCCCUUCUGCUCGGGAAGUGGGACUACUCUUCGCAUUCCUUACGUCAAGGGUCACUACUCACUACUGAAUAGUAGUGAUUCACCAUACUCUAAUGCUGAAGAAUUAUCUCAGCAGUUUUGGUGACUGACAAGCCAUGGAUUGCGUGAUUGACGAGCACACAUCCUCGAGUUUGCUGUUUCAUAAGGCAGGUCAGAAUACUGUGAAGGGUGCCGUGUGGUACUCCACAGCCUCCGUUAGCGAUUGGGUGUUCAUAAGACUCAACAAACUAUUCAUUCCUAGGCACGGUAAGCAUAUAGCCUCAUCACACCAUGAAAUAGGGGUCACCUGUUAGUGGACUCUUACUACCACAACAGGCGGUUCGUAGUGUUUGUUAUUCUUAGCCUAUUGAGACCCUGAAGAUGGUCAUAACAAUAGAACUACACUAGAACUCCAAUGGCGCUGUAGUCACUUUUCCUUUUUAAUUAUUUUAAUAACUUUAAUUGUAAUUAAUGACUAUUUUUAGGUGUUCAUCUUGUAGAGGAUCUUUUAUUUUGGUAAACAAAAUUUAUUUGACACUUCUAGUACCGCUACUGACGCUGUAAGGUCGUGGCAAACUAGAUGUUAGUCACACGAACAGUCGCGACAUUGGACUUCUGUGGCUAGUUAUUCUAAUGUCAUAACCAAGGGUAGAAACGUUGGAUGGAAUAGAAUCAAUCUGCUUUUAAAUCCAUAAACCGGAAAACCCUACACCAGAAAGCAAUUGUGAUUGUUUUUCCUACACACUGUCACGGUCGCCAUAUAGUGAAGCGAAAUUUCUUGGUUGCCAUGUGGGAAAAUCGACACGGUCGUCUGUCGUAGUAAACUUCCGGAUGAUUUAAAUCAUCUAAUACUCGACCAUUCGAAUACUCGAAUGACAAGAACUUGUGGCAAGAACUUGUAUUGUCAAGGACAAGUGACCAAAAAACAGUUGUAUGUUAGCAUAACUAUAUUGCGAGGUAUGACCUCUGAGAUAUACAGCAAUUUCCUGAAGACGAGCACAACUAAAGGUCGAUAGAAGAUUCUAUAAAUCGGAAAAGUCUACCUCAGGCAUAAAUUAUGAUGGUUUUCCAAAAAAACUUAUAAAUUUUUCACGGUCGCCAUGUGGUGAAACGGAAUUUUACGGUCGCCAUGUUAAAAACCGACAAGUCUGUCGUUUUCAACAAUGUGAUGGAGAUGAAAUCAUUCCGUCUUGUGAGGGGAGAGAGAAGAUAGCUCAAAGAUUUUUUUUAGAUUGUUGGACACAACAAAUGGAAAACUUUUCGAAAAGAUAUAGAAUUGGUAACACCUUUUCAAUUUGAUCUUAAGGACAGACUUGUUAGAAUCCCAAGAUGGCCGCCACAAUGGCCGACUUUGUUACCCACUCACGAUUUCGAAGGCACAAAUCUCUUCGUAAACAAAACCAGCGCGUUUGAUCUUCUUAUUUUAACCCAAGCAACACACAUGUUAUAAUAGAGUUACGACAGCGCAAGUUUUGGUUGUAUAGAAGUUUAUUUUACGUAAUUUUAACAAUGUGUUGAAAUAACGUAAAAUAAACUUCUAUACAACCAAAACUUGCGCUGUCGUAACUUUUAUAUAACAUGUGUGUUACUUGGGAAGCUUAUUACAAGUGAGCAUGAACAGAAUAAUAAAAUGCACUGUUGUUUGAAGCUUGCUUCUUGAGAUUUGUGUGUUUUAAGUUCUCAUGCACUUUUGAAGCAGGAUUUCAAGACGUUUGUCCUUAAGGAGAACUAAUCAGUAUCAGUAUGACUUUAUGUUUAUGAUAAGCUCAUUUGUAGCCAAAAACAAUCCAAGCAGUCAUUUUCUAUCUGAAAACGUCGAUAGACCAUCAAUUACGAACCUACAAUACAUUCAUCACAGAGAGAAAUAAUAAAGCAACACAACCGUACCGCAAACAUUAGAAACCAAUGCUAACAUAUAAUCACAAGCCGAACCAUAAGCCAGUAAUAAUUAUAACCAAAGGACAGAGAACAAAACAUGGAACUCGAGUCUAGAGUAGAAGAAGGAAAACAAUUACCAUGAGCGUGAGCGCGUAUCGCAUGUGCAGCAAUAAGUAAUGAAGCGAAACAGUGAGUUCAUCCCGUGCAAAGAGACAAGUAGGAGUAGAAGUAAAUCAUUAUGUGAUAUAUUUCAAGUAAAGAUAAUAUUUCAGUAAUUAUUCAAAUUUAACCUAUUCCACACACGCGACGGCAACAACCGACAACUUAAACCAACUCACAAACACCCCGCGCAUUGCAUAGGCGUGGCCCCGCAGCUCACCACAUCGGGAAGACACUCUCUCGAGUCUCUUGCAAAACAAAGCAAGCGCUAAGCUGCUCCGCAGCUACAACAAUACGCUAUUGUUCCAUAGGCUGGUGUCCAUGCCAGCGCUGGUGUUCGCGAGUGUAUUCCCGAGAGGUGGAGCGCCCGGAAUGGGCAGACGAGGGGGCCCGCGGUGUUUGGCGAUUGAUGAGAUGUUGCGCGGCGCGCAGUGACGAAAAGAAGCAAAUCAAAGCAAACAACGAAUCGACUGAAACACAAACACAAUUAAGAAAGCAAAACCGUUUGUAUUUAGGAGAAACAAUGCGUGUGUGUGAUAUAGAAUGAGUGGUGACUGAACGUCGGUAAGAAUGGAUGAGUUUUAUUCUUAGUGAGGAAGAAUUCGCGAAGAUAAACGAAUAGCAACAGCAGUACAAGUUUAUGUUUUGUCCCAAUGUAGUAGAGAGGUUAUGUUUUGUAGUUGUUACAGCAGGAAGGCAGUGUUGCCAUUAGAUGUGUCAAUUUAUGUUUUGUAGUUUAGUAGCCUGUUACCGGUGGGUUUAUUUUAUUAUUCAGUUUUCGCUUCUAUUCCAGUUUUAUGUGUCAAUCGAAACGAACAAAGGCGAAAUCGUAUACACCAAAUAUACCGAUAGAAGUGAGGAAUAUCAGUUUUCCAGAGAAACAAUAGUGAAUAGCGUAGCGAAGCUGUGCAGAACAAUUGCGAUACGUAUGACAAGUAUUAUUUUUGUUUCUUGUUAGACAGUAGAAUAGUCAGUAGCGUAGGUAUUAUUUUUCAGCCGUAGUAAAUGUCAGUGUGUGAGUAUGUGUGUGUAGCAGUGCGUUGAUUGGCAGUAGAUUGAGAGAGUAUGUGUGACAACAAAACCCCUGUCGUUAGUGUAUGUGUAAAUGUCGAUAAUAAAAUUGAAAUAUUUACUGUGAUAUUAAUCUUUACUUCAAAUAUUAACAUUCGCAUCAAAGUCGAAUAUUAAUAACUGUAGGAAAACAAACAAAUGACACAUAUUGCAAAUAAUUAAACAUAUUUAGAACAAACAAAAAAACUGACAAACAAAAGCAAAUGCGUUCAUUAAACAAAGUUGCACCGUUUGCUGUUCAACAGCAAAAAAAAGCAAGAAGUCGGUGCAAAUCUAAACAUUGAAACAAUUAUUAAUCCCCUUAGCAGUUAGAAAAAUUUAUCUCUUUUUAAAAUGACAGAAAGCUAAUCGUUACUCGAGUUGAAACACAGAAAUCUUUACCUUACAAACACUUACAAGCUAAUUAUUAUUCAUCCCAAAUAGGCAGAAAAGAAUGCCAUCAGAUAUAACCAAAACAAAUAAGGAAAAAUUUUGCACACCAUCCGCCGAAAAAGUAGGCUGUCAUUUGACAGCCAUUCGGCUGUCAUCCGACAGCGGGAGGGAGAAAGUCAAUUGAUAUUCACAUCCGAUGCAACAACUACAACUGUCAAAAUUGCACUUCAUCUCCUGCUCUCACGCACACAAACACACAGUCGCGCAAUGUCGCGAUUACGGUGUGCAGUGACUGUGACAGCCUGCUUCGAUCGGUGGCCAAUGACAACGCUCACACAUUCAUAGAAAAAAACAAUAUGAUGAUACGCGCACUUCCGAAUUCGAAAGCAUUAACUUUGAGUAUUGUGUAAUCCUGACGAUAGAUGAAAUCAGAAAUCAUAUAAUAAUCCACACUCGAUCUGACUUGGAACCGUCGUAGUGGUCGUCGUCACUUCCAAUUUUUCUUUUCCUCUGUUUCUUCGUGCACACGGUGACUGGAACUACGCGCACACUCACACACAUUCAAUUAUAGCACUCACACGUUGUGAUUUUUUAUGGUAGAGAAAGAAAAAAAAUGUUUAGCAAACCACCGGAACCGGAAACAUAUCGGUAUUUUUUGAUCGACUUCUCAGAGAACACGCAAGUAACAAGUACAAUACAUACAAAACAAAAGUUAGGAACAGUUGGGAGGAGGUCGUCCAAAAAAUCCGCUACGUUCCGGUAGUGGGGCCUGGAUUCUGGGCGUCGUUGCCAGUCUUCGGAGGAAAUUGGCGCAAAAGAAAAAUUUCAAGUGGCUUAUCAGAAACAGUAGUAGAAUAAUGAUAUUUAAAGAAAAUUUAAACAGUGGAUAGUCUUACGUAGAAUAAAAAUGGAGGAAGUUAUGAAAUUUUGAGAGUGUA